GCUGAACUCGCAGUGCUCGCUCGGUUCCUGAUCGGGAUGAAAGCUACAUGAGGUUUGAUACAUCUGCGGCUUUGUUUGAUACCUGAGGAUUCCUCCUGAUCUCGCUUCAGGUGUAUGAGGAGCUUUGGCCCACCGUACGUGAAUUGGAUCGAAAUUGAAGGAGUUUGUGUAAAUCAGCAGGAUUUCAGCAGUGAAACAGAACCGUUGGCCUCAGCCUCUUAUCUACCAUUGCUGGGGUCAUCUUGCUAUAGAUUGUUUAAACACAUGAAGCUGUCAUUAUACUGCCUGUGAGCGACAGCGGGAGCAGGAAACGUGGUUAACGACAUGCGUUUCUGUUAAGGUAUUUCCAGUUUGUCGACUUCUGAGUCAGCAUGAACUGAACACGACACAUUGACCACCCCUAAAAAAACCCUCACAGCUCGGUUUACUUACUUCGAGCCAAUGAAACGUAUUCAGACCUGCGGUGCCAUGACUCUUGGUGUUUCCAUUGUUCUGAUUGUCUUGUACGCCACCCUUAACUUAGAGAACAGCAACAGUCACAACCCUGUAGGAGUGGACACUUCAAAGCAUCCCAGCAUCCACGUCCGUGACAGGGAUCUAAAAAACCAAUCCAAACGGGAGAACGUCGCCGCACCGCUUUCUUUUGUACACAAUGUGUCUGUUUCAGCUGACUUCAGAGAGUCCAUCCCUCAAAACGGAGCUUACUGGAACCGUUUGCUGUAUUCAGCCCUGAGUAAUCUGGACCAGGGGGGAAACCCUUUCAGUCAACCCUCUGAAUGCAAGGAGACAAACAAAGAGCUGCUGCAAACCAACAUACAUGACUUCAACUCCUACCCCCUCCUGUUUCAGUCUUUUUUGCAGUGGAUGAACUGCAGGUCUCCCGCAGUCCUCAUCAAUCAGCCUGACAAAUGUAUGUUCAGUGAAGGGGGGUCAAAGAACCCCGCCUUCUUCCUUUUCGCCAUCAAAUCGACUCCUGGAAACUUUGAGCAGAGGCAGGCGGUGCGGGAGACAUGGGGUCAAGAGAGGGUGUUGAAUGGACUGGGAGUGCGUGUGCUGUUCCUCCUGGGGCGCUCCUCACCAGAUGAUCCUGACCUGAGCUCGCUGCUGUCCUAUGAAGCGAAACACUUUGGAGACAUCCUGCAGUGGGACUUCCUGGAAUCGUUCUUAAACCUGACGCUCAAAAUGAAUGCGUUCCUCCACUGGGCCGUGAAACACUGUCCUCAUGCCUCCUUUGUCUUUAGUGGGGAUGAUGAUGUGUUUGUCAACACACCAGUGUUGGUCAAGUACUUACAGUCUCUGGAGGCUGAUAAAAUAUCUAAAUUGUAUGUUGGACACGCUAUAAGCCAAUCAUCUCCCCUCAGGGACCCUAAAAGCAAAUACUACAUCCCUCUGAGCUUCUACGACGGUGCAUACCCUAGUUAUGCUGGUGGAGGCGGCUUUCUCUUCUCUGGAGCUUUGCUGAAAUCCCUCCGUUCUGUUUUUCACAUCAUCCCCUUCUUCCCCAUCGACGAUGCCUACACUGGGAUGUGUUUCAAGGCUUUAGGGGUUUCCCUUGAGGGACACACAGGAUUUCAGACCUUUGAUAUCAGAGCAGAAGAUCGUGAGAAUCUGUGUGCAUAUAAAGAACUUAUUCUGGUUCACCAGCGUUCCCCGCAGGAGAUAAAAAAGCUGUGGAACGGCAGUCACAACCCUCUUUUGACUUGUUGAACUGGUGGACAAAACGACAGAUGGUGACUGCAGUCAUACUGAAGCUGUAGCUUUACCCGCUUCCACCGAUGUCCCAUUUACUGUGAUGCAGCAGGGGUUUGAAUCGUGACUGCAGCUCCAACAGAACGUUGCAGGACAGCAGCUGGAUUGUGUAACUGGACUUGGUUUCAUGAUGAAAAGGCAUUUUGUCUGCUCAGGGCUUAAAUCACUGAAAACCAUAUUUUCUUAUCUGUUAAAUAAUUUAAAUAAACAGCCAAGACGAUGCAUGUUC